ACCUGGGAGCCGUGGCACAGAGAACACGUAGCGACUCUGAAGAUCAGCCCCAAUGAACAUGUCAGUGUUGACUUUACAAGAAUAUGAAUUCGAAAAGCAGUUCAACGAGAAUGAAGCCAUCCAGUGGAUGCAGGAAAACUGGAAGAAAUCUUUCCUGUUUUCUGCUCUGUAUGCUGCCUUUAUCUUUGGUGGUCAGCACCUGAUGAACAAACGGGCAAAGUUUGAACUGAGAAAACCCUUAGUGCUCUGGUCUCUGACCCUUGCAGUCUUCAGUAUAUUCGGUGCUCUUCGAACUGGUGCAUAUAUGGUGUACAUUUUGAUGACCAAAGGCCUGAAGCAGUCAGUUUGUGACCAGAGUUUUUACAAUGGACCUGUGAGCAAAUUCUGGGCUUAUGCGUUUGUGCUAAGCAAAGCACCCGAACUAGGAGAUACAAUAUUCAUCAUCCUGAGGAAGCAAAACCUGAUCUUCCUGCACUGGUACCACCACAUCACCAUGCUGCUGUACUCGUGGUACUCCUACAAGGACAUGGUCGCAGGGGGAGGGGGUUGGUUCAUGACCAUGAACUAUAGCGUGCACGCCGUCAUACACUCUUACUAUGCCUUGCGAGCGGCAGGUUUCCUAGUUUCACGGAAGUUUGCCAUGUUCAUCACCUUGUCCCAGAUCACUCAGAUGCUGAUGGGCUGUGUCAUUAACUACCUGGUCUUCUACUGGAUGCAGCAUGACCAGUGCCACUCUCGCUUUCAGAAUAUCUUCUGGUCCUCACUCAUGUACCUCAGCUACCUUGUGCUCUUCUGCCACUUCUUCUUUGAGGCCUACAUCGGCAAGAUGAGGAAAACAACGAAGGCUGAAUAGUGUUGGAACUGAGGAGGAAGCCAUAGCUCAGGGUCAUCAAGAAAAACAAUAGACAAAAAGAAAAUGGCACAAGGAAUCACAUAUGGUGCAGC